AUGCCUCGAAUAUCUACAUCAUUGAUAAGAAAAGCUUCGAGAAUACGACCUGGUUUGCAUCUUUUGCUUCCAGAAUGUAGGACUCUCGAGCAAGCGAAACUCGAGUACAAAUGGCUCACCGAAGAGCUGCCUCCGGAUAAAUCAAUCCGCUGGGCUUGCUUACAGAGAUACAAACACGUCCCAUUGCAGUACAUCUUAAGAUCGCAACCGUUUGGGGCCUUGGACAUAGUUUGCAAGCCUGGUGUUCUUAUACCAAGAUGGGAAACCGAGGAAUGGGUGAUGGCCAUAAUAAGAGCUCUAAACAACUCUAUGCUUUCAAGGCAUACUAUACCACUGCAUAUUUGUGAUACGUUUACAGGAACAGGGUGUAUUGCUCUCGCUUUGAGUCAUGGUAUAGCAAAUUGCACGUUCACUGCCAUUGACGUGUCAACAAGAGCAAUUAAGUUGGUUAAAGAAAAUAUGCUGAAAAACAAGGUGAGUGGUGGUAAGCUCGUGCAACAUAAUAUAUUGUCCUCAAAAGCUAGCGAUGAAUAUCCAUCCCAUAUAGAUAUAUUAACCGGUAACCCCCCCUACAUUCGAAAGCGUGACUUCAAUAGAGAUGUUAAAACUUCCGUAAAGCUGUUCGAACCAAGGCUAGCGCUAGUGGGUGAGCUUGAAUGCUAUAUAAAUCUAGUAAAUUAUUGGCUGCCGAAGACAGACUCCUUCUUUUAUGAGAUUGGAGACGUUGAACAGUUUAAUUACGUGGAGAGGCGCAUUAAAGAAGAUUCAUAUCUCAGCCGUAUUUGGUCUAUUGGUUUGAAAUAUGACUCGAAUGGGAAAGCAAGAGUCGUAUAUGGGUUUAAGGCCACUCCCAAAGGGCGAAUACUACACCAGAUUUUUGCAUCCUUUGGGACUAUAAGACAUUUAGCAACCGCACUCAGUGGGCACAAAGCUAAUUGCAACUAA